GAAAUGAGGGUACAAAAGAUGGCGCAUGAGAAAGUCGUGGACUUACAAAGGAUAACGAACGAUAAGACAAGGAUGACCACUUACAAGAAAAGGAGAGCCUGUCUUUACAAGAAGGCAGGAGAGUUCUCAACUCUCUGCGGCGUCCAGACAUGUCUCAUCGUAUACGGGCCCACCAAAGCGACCGAUGAGGUGAUUUCCAAACCUGAGAUAUGGCCGGAGGACGAGACCAAAGCCAGAGACAUCAUACGCAGGUACAGAGACACAGCCUCCAACAGCUGCAGGAAAGAGGCCCACGUCGAGACGUUCGUUAACGAUAAAGGUAAGGCAAAAGAGACGGAGAAUACUAAUAAUAAUAAUAAUAAUAAUAAGAGAGGGAUGAAUAACAAGAAUAAGUAUUGUUGUUGGGAGGAGAGGCUAGAGAAGUGUUCACAAGAGCAGCUACGUGGGAUUUUUGAUGACGUGGGAAACAAGUUGCAUGAAGCUAUAAUGAGACAGAAUCGUAGGGCUCAGCAUCAAGCCAUGGAGCCACAAACCCCGCAGAAUUUGAUGGAUCCAUAUUACAUGUCACAAUACUUUGCUGGUUACCAGCAGCAACAGUGCUUGAUGUUCCCAUAUCAUAAUAUGAGUUUCCCGUUGUUCUCGCCUCAUGAUGAUCAGAUUCCAAUGGAGCCGAUUCUAGUGGAGAAUUUUGCCGACUCAUCAGGGGUAAAUCAAGGCUUCAUGAUGUCGAAGGGAAACGAGAGUACUCAGUUUAUGCAGAGGCAAGCACCUUAUUAUAUUGAACCGGUUGUACAGAGGUCUGCAUCUUUUAAUGUUAACCCGUUCACGGGUUAUCAAGUCCCUUAUAAUGUUCCUCGGUUGCCGGCUAAUCAAGCUGAAGUAUGGGAUUUUAUGGCGAAGAAGCCGAUUUGAGUUGUUUCUCAGGGUUUUAUGAUUAGUUUAAUUGUUUCAGUUGGUUUUGUUUAUGUAUGCUGGCUUGGAUUUUUCAAGUAUGCUUCUGAUAUAUCAUCAUUUUUUGGAAUUCUAUAAAAGUUUGGUUUUAGGUUUUAUGUAUAUUUAUUGAAAAUAAAAACUUGAUACUUCUUUUUACAUAAAAUAAGUGAAAUGUCUUUGUAAAUACUAAAUAUCAAACACUGUUAUAACUUCAAGUGAUUGUUGAAACAGAUGGCUUGAUUGAGACAAACAACGAAUAAUGACAUAUUGUAAUGCAUAAGUUAUUCAAACAUUAAACGACAAGCUUUGGAUAUUGGAGAUGACCAAGUUUGUG